UACAUCGCAGUUCAUUCUUCUUUCUCGUCGCGAUCGACAAGUCGUAGACGAGCUUAAGUACGUUCCCCAUUGGCCUAAGCGAAACCAAACUAAUACCAAUCUAUAUAUACGGAGCCCACGAAAGAAGUUCUAGUUAUACUCUUUCGUAUCUUAGUAUCUUUAUUGACAAUUUACUCCUAUCAUUGACUUUUUGGGUAGAAGAUCGUCAAGGGUGAACAAAGGUCAACAAAGUGUCCAGAAGAAGAUUCCCUUUAGGAGCAACAAAUAUGAGGACGAUAUGGUUGAUGUUGGUUCUCGUCGCCGUUGUGGUGAAUGCUCAACGCCGACUGGCCCUGCCUGAUCCACGAAGCUGUGCUAAUCGGGUACGGCAUGCUACUUAUAGGGACGCUAGAGGUGUUGCACAUUCAUACUUCUUCAGUUGGGAGCACCAACCGACUAGAAGCCUUGAAGUAGACUGGCUAGAUUCACGUAAUAUCUGUCGCAGACACUGUAUGGAUGCAGUUUCUCUUGAAACCCCACAAGAAAAUGAAUUUAUCAAACAGCGAGUAGCAAGAGGGAAUGUAAGGUAUAUUUGGACAUCUGGACGUAAAUGCAACUUCAAUGGCUGUGAUAGACCAGAUCUCCAACCGCAAAAUAUUAAUGGAUGGUUCUGGUCAGGUUCUGGAGCUAAGAUUGGUCCCACCACACAGCGUAACUCUGGAGAUUGGAGUCACACUGGUGGAUAUGGCCAAGCACAACCUGAUAAUCGUGAAGCUGCUCAGGGUAACGAUGAGUCUUGUUUGUCGAUUCUGAAUAACUUUUACAAUGACGGUAUCAAAUGGCACGACGUAGCCUGUCAUCAUAGGAAACCAUUUGUCUGCGAAGACAGCGACGAACUUUUGAAUUUCGUGCUUUCCAGAAACCCUGGCAUUCGCCUUUAAAAGCUUCUUUUUAUAGCUUCUGUGAAUUCUUGAAUGUUCAGUAUCUAAGAUCUCUUAAUCAACCAAGAAUAGCAAGGAACUUUUCUAUUUCUUGAUUUUUAAUUUAUAUGUUAUUAUGUAUCCAUUAUAAUUAAAAACUAAAUUAAAUCUCUUCGUUCAUUCACAAUUGUAUUCUAAUGAAUUUAUAUCCUUGAAAUCAAUUGAAUUAAAAUUUUAUCGAUUAGAUAUUAAACAAUCAAGAAUUACAUUAGAUUUAGAUUAACUAGAAGCUGCAUAUAUCUAAGUUUAACUUUUGUACCCUUUUUCUAUACAAAAUAAAAAGCAUUUGCCAAUAA